AUAUUAAUAGCUCUAUCAAUGCUUUGACAAUGUUGAUUUUAUGAUUAUGACAUGCUUAUGCUCUUUGGCUCACUCCUGUUGCAUACAUAGUCUGCAGGUCGUGUUAUCUGCCUCGUGGGAAAAAUCGCCGAGUCCCGCAUUCUAUACACCCCUGUUAUCGCGUCCUCAAUGCUUGUAUUAUUGCAUCUUGAAUCAUAUUGUUCUGGAAGCCUCAAGCCACACAGCCAAGACGACCAAGUUGCUUAGCAAGCUUCAUCAAAGGAAUUUGGCAGGAUUGGAUCAUCACAUCUCAUCCAAUGACAAAGAUGACCAAUCUUAGUCUGGAAUCCUUUUCUGUAAACUACCUGCGAUGGUACCUUGUACUUCCUACACAUUGUAUUGUUGCAAAUCCCGACUGCGUGCAUGGAAUGGUGCCAUUACAGACAAUCUCUAAAUCCUAAAGCUACCUACCCAUAAUUCCAUACAAACAAUAGCCCAAAUAAUCCCAACAGAAUAGCAAUUGCAGCUCUGGAUGAACCGCAAAAGA